AUGAGUUACCAUUUCGGCGUACCGCCAACUCAUUACACCAAGUUCUACGACUCAAGCUCGCCGCACUCCAGCGUGAAAGGACAUCGGCGCAAGACCAGUCACACUCCGCAGUCUACCAGGUUCGGUGGCUGGUUUUCGCCUGCGGGCUCACCUCCUCCAGGUGCGGAUCGGAACGUGUACAACGUCAGUCCAACAAAGGAAACUUAUGUGAGUUACGAGAAAAAGAGAUCCAAACAUCCAAGCACAUCUUCGGCCAAGCCACAGCCACGACCGAUGCGCAAGCCUUCACGUCCCGUCAACAUCUACGAUGGCGACGAUGUGUAUGGUCGCGACUACAACGACGAUCGAGAGCCCAUGAGGCCUAGCAAGCCUUCGAAGCAUGGGAAGAAGCCAAGUACUGAUUCAUACUUUUAUUUUGGACAGGAGCAGAUCUACGAGGAGCAACAGCACAAAGCGCAUACUAGAACCCGCAGAUCUUCCACUACCACCAAGUCCUCACCGCGCAAAGAGCGACUGUCCACCAAAGCCACUCCUGUCGCUACAGAGGACGAUGCCGCCCGUGCAGGCAUUCCAGCAGGCUACAGCAUCAAGAAUUGGGAUCCAACCGAAGAACCAAUCAUUCUCUUGGGUAGCGUCUUUGACGCUAAUUCGUUGGGCAAGUGGAUGUAUGACUGGACUGUCUUCAAGUGUGGGGCUUCAACACCCAUGGCUGAAAUGGCAGGUGACCUGUGGCUGUUGCUCAUCAAGCUUGCUGGCAAGAUGAAACGAGCCAAGGAUUGUGUAUUACGAAUUAGAAGGGACGAUCAGAGAGAAAUGAUCUACGAAUUUAUUGAAGGAGGACAACGCAUGUGGAAGGCAUUCAAACAACUACUAAAGGAUUGUGAGUAUUACAUGAUGAAGGCUGCAAAGCUGCAUGGCAACAAGACGAUGAUGGGGAAGAACGCUGGCACCGAAUUCGUUGACAGUAUCUUUGGUCGAGAGCGUUACCUCGAAACUACAGAGCGCCUUAUGAAUAGACUAAGGGUCUGGACAAUGCGAUUCGAUGUCAAUUGCGAGGACAUCAUUAGGCGACCAUCGGUACGACCGGAGUAG